UUUUAAGAUUUCUCUUCCAGAUCAGAAUAGUUUCUGAAAUGAUUUGUGGGACAUAGGUCAUUUCUUCUUGGGUUAGAAAUAUGGUGAAAAUAUUACUGUGUAAAAGUCAUAGUAUAGUAUACUUUUUUGUCCGACAUCUUAGCGAGGCGGCAGUGAUCAAAGUUGCUCUCCGGCCAUCGCUAUGCCACCCAAGGACGACAAGAAGAAGAAAGAUGCCGGAAAGUCGGCCAAGAAAGACAAAGAUCCAGUGAACAAAUCAGGGGGCAAGGCCAAAAGGAAGAAGUGGUCCAAAGGCAAAGUUCGGGACAAGCUCAAUAACCUAGUCUUGUUUGACAAAACAACAUAUGACAAACUCUGUAGAGAAGUUCCCAACUAUAAGCUUAUAACUCCAGCUGUCAUCUCUGAGAGACUGAAGAUUCGUGGUUCCCUGGCCAGAACAGCCCUUCAGAAACUCCUUAGUAAAGGACUUAUUAAACUGGUUUCAAAGCACAGAGCUCAAGUGAUUUACACCAGAAACACCAAGGGUGGAGAUGCCCCAACUGCUGGUGAAGAUGCAUGAACAGGUCCCACCAGCUGUACAUUUUGAAAAAUAAAACU